CACUGUGUUGAGCAAGAUGGUAACCAUCACAGAUGGGCUUGGUUUUUACCUCAUUAGAUGCUCUUUGAGCUAGCAUCACUUCAAAGACAUUCAUGUCUUGUUCUUAAAAGCUAUGUGUAUUGUUCUAAAUCUGUUGGUUUCGGUGCCUUUGGGGACUAUUGGAUGUCUUCCAGUGUGGAUGUCCAUCCUUUUGGAAACUUGGCAUGUAUGGGAACUGCUCAAAACAACAGUGACAUCAAAAAACUCCAUGCAGUGGAGCUAGACCUGUGUAACAAGGACAUGAUGGCAGACACAUCUGAUCAUAGCAUUAUUUCUGUUGGAGAAGAGGAAGGAGCGGGCAAUUUCCAACGUUUUCUUCCAACACGAGAGUCCAUCCGAUCCCCUCGGGGCUCUGUUGUGAGUUUCCAUAACAUCCAGUACUCCGUUAAGCUGUCCAGUGGAUUCCUAUGUAAACGGAAAACUGUGGAAAAGAAGAUCCUUCAUAAUGUUUAUGGCAUUAUGAAGCCAGGCUUGAAUGCUAUCCUGGGGCCAACCGGAAGCGGUAAAUCUUCUCUCCUAGAUGUGCUGGCUGCCAGAAAGGACCCAGCAGGCCUGUCUGGAGAAGUGCUUAUAGAUGGCAUCCCUCAACCUCCAAAUUUCAAGUGCAUCUCAGGAUAUGUUGUGCAGGAUGAUGUUGUCAUGGGCACAAUGACAGUGAGGGAGAACCUGCACUUCUCUGCUGCUCUGCGACUCCCCAGCUCCAUCAGUGUUGAAGAGAAGGAAAAGCGAGUCACCCAGAUCAUCAGUGAGCUGGGAUUAAGCAAAGUGGCUGAUGCUAAGGUAGGAACCGAAUUGAUCCGGGGAGUGUCUGGAGGGGAACGGAAGAGAACCAACAUUGGGAUGGAGCUCAUCACAGAGCCACCAGUCCUUUUUCUGGAUGAGCCAACAACCGGCCUUGAUGCCAGCACAGCCAAUGCAGUCCUCAUCCUCUUGAAGAAACUCUCAAGAAGAGGACGAACUAUCAUAUUUUCCAUCCAUCAACCCCGCUAUUCCAUAUUCAAGCUGUUUGACAGUCUGACAUUGCUAGCUUUGGGAAAGGUACUGUACCAUGGUCCUGCGAAGCAGGCCCUGGAGUACUUCAGUUCUAUCGGAUAUGAAUGUGAACCCUUCAACAAUCCAGCUGACUUCUUCCUUGAUAUCAUAAAUGGUGAUUCAACUGCUGUGGCAGCAAGCAAGGAAGAUCAUGGACCUGUGGACACAGGAAAAGAGGUGAGCAGUGCAAAUGGAGUGGCAGAAGAUAACAUGGACAGCAAUGUGGUAGAUCUGCUACACCAGAAAUAUCUCAACUCCAGCCUGUAUCAGAGCACAAAGGAAGCACUGGGGAAAGUGGAACUUGGACAGGGAAGCAAGCAGAGAGUAUCCAAGCAGGAGCAUGAGAUUACCUAUGCAAAUGGAUUCUUCACCCAGUUGUAUUGGGUGUCCAAGCGUUCCCUGAAAAACCUCAUCAGGAACCCACAGGCCUCUGUUGCACAAAUUGCAGUGACCAUAAUUCUAGCCUUGGUUGUGGGUGCUAUCUUUUUUGGUGUAAAAUUGGAUCGAAGUGGCGUUCAGAAUCGGGUUGGAUCUUUGUUUUUUGUCACCACAAACCAGUGUUUUUCCAGUGUCUCUGCAAUUGAGCUGUUCAUCAGAGACAAGAAACUAUUUGUCCAUCAAUACACCAGUGGAUAUUACCGUGUGUCUGCCUACUUCUUGGCCUUGAUGAUAGGAGAUCUGCUGCCCAUGAGAACUGCUCCAGCCAUCAUAUUCUCAUGUAUCAGUUACUGGAUGAUUGGAUACCAAGCUGUUGCAGGCCGGUUCUUCUUCUUCAUGUUGACUCUGAUACUGGUGUCCUACACUGCCACAGCCAUGUCUCUGGCUAUCAGUGCUGGGAUGGAUGUGGUAGCUGUGGCAAAUCUGCUCAUCACUAUUUGUUUUGUCCUGAUGCUUAUCUUUUCAGGCCUCUUAGUAAACCUCCCUUCUGUAAUGGGCUGGCUGAAUUGGCUCAAGUACUUCAGCAUCCCCCGAUACGGCCUCACUGCUCUUCAAGUGAAUGAGUUCAGAGAUCUCUACUUCUGUGGUGAGAAGAAUCCAAACGUUACAGUGUCUGUGGGAGAUGCAGGCAGUUGUCCCCCUGAUACUUCAGGAGAACUGUGUUCUGGUGAAGCAUACCUGUGCAGCCAAGGAAUCGCACCUACCAACUGGGCAAUGUGGGAAAACCUAGUGGCUCUUUUCUGCAUGACUGUUAUCUUCCUUAUCAUUGCCUAUGCAAAACUCCGUUUUAUGAGAAAGUUCACAUAGACUCCUGUGUUGCCUUGCUCUGCAGCUUCUCCAGUCUUAAAACUGCAAAGCUUGUUGGGGCCUGCUGGAGAUUGCCAAAAGAUUUCAACUGACAUUAUUGGACAUCAGAUGGGAACCUUGUUCCCGUGUUUCUGGACCAUGAUCUCCAUGAUUGUAUGAUUUGGGUUUUUAAGAAUUGCAUUAAUGUACAUUGCAUAAGUGAUUUUUUUUUUUGUGAGAGAAUACAGUUCUCAUAAUUCCUUAGGUCCAUAUCAAACUAUAUAUUGUAAAGCAUUAUUCUUCUGUACCCAAUUACACAGGAAAUGUUCAAAGGGAAACAUUUUCCUUUGAACGUGUGAGCUUCUCCAUCACAAAUGGUAUAAGGUUAUGAUCGCAUUUAUGCAUUGAUAUGUUGUCACUUGUUGGUGCCUGUCACACCUGGGGAGAGCCAGAGACCAUUCACAGCAUAUUGGAGAUGCAUUUGAGUUUGAAGUCAGUAUGGGGAAUGUAUUCCUUACCAAGCAAGAACAGUUAAAUUUCUAGUAGCUUCUCAAUGGAAGCUACUUGCAGAAACAACUUUUGCUUGAUUAAAAACUAGACAGCAGUGGUGUAAGACAUCUCAUCUAAGAAGAGUGAUAAAUAUAUACUGUUGAACUGUAAAAAAAACCAAAACAAAACACCAAAAGACCACUAAACUAACAGAAAAAAAAUACAUUUACUACUUAAGAGGAUGGGAGGAAAUGACUUUUCUUUUUUGAACAGAAAUUUGUAUAUUUAGCAAUGGCAGAUCUUUUUAACAGACUUAAUGAUUAGCUGUGCCAUCUAUAUAUACUGCUACUUAUGUUAUGGACUCAAAAAACCCACGUAGACACUGCUGUGGUAACUGCAGCCGUGCUUACCGCAGUCACCACAGGACAGGGUAGCGUGCUAGCAGCCUCACCACAUCAUUAGCAAAAGCAGAGCUGCUUUUGAGUUAAGACCCUCAAAAGCAAGUGCACCAGCUAAGCCAAAGGAGAACAUCCUCAACACAAGGCUGGAGUUUGCUGGCCGG